AUGAAUCCUCUUCAUAAAAUAUAUUUGUAAGCCUUGAUUACUCAAUAGCAAUAAGAAUCUUCUUAAUAAGUAAAGCAAGAAGAGAAUAGUUAGAAAUAAAAUAUACAAGUAUUUGAAAUAUCAAUAUAUAUUUAGUUUUUACAAAAGCAAUAACUAAUGUAGAUAAUUCAACAAUGUUAAACCUAAUACUAACCAAUUUAACAAGUUUCGUAAGAAUUUUAAAAUAUAUUAAAAAAAGCAAGCCUCCAACUUUAAUUGAGGUUUAAAAUUAGGUUACGUCUUACUUCUAGAAAAUUAUUCUGUAGAAACAAAUUAUCAAUUUAACAAAUGUUUUAGAAGUUCAAUUACCAUAUUUUAUGAUAAUCAUGAGUAAUCUCAUAAUAUACGGAUUGGAAAAUUGUUCUGCAGAUAAAGAAAUCGUAGCAGAUUUAUUGUCAUAGUAUAAAGCCAAUCCAUUAAAGAUAUCAAUGAGUUGUUCUCUGUUCUAAACAAUAGCUCUACUAUUCCGAUCUGAACUCAUUAAUUACGAUCAAAGUUCUAGAUUAUUAUUAUAAAAGGUACAAAAUAUCUUGCCAAUUUUUUACUAUUCAGAGAUGAUUUUUGUGACAUCUUUUUUAAUGCACUCUAUUGUUAUCAAAUAUCAUAAGGUUAAACAGUAAGUCAGCAAAUUGGAUUUACUUAAAUACAUUAAAUUAUAAACAAGUAACAAGAUGAUGUAUGGACAACAUUCACAUUUAAAUUGUUAAGUUAAUAACAAUAAAAGUUAAAUAAAGAUCAAUUUUUAUUAUAAUUUAAUAGAUAUACUCAAUCAUUGAAUAAUUUUUUUACUAAAAGUAAUUUAAUAAUGGAUUUAGUUGCAUAAAGUGUUAAAUAAACAGCUAAAUUACAUAAUGAUUAAAUAUUUUAAGAAGUAUAAUAAUUAAAUUAAUAAUUAGUAUUUACUUAUUAUGGGUAGUUUUAAGGCCACUACUUAAGAUUUCUUAAAAAAAGCCACAUAAGUAUUUUUUGAAGAGACUACUGAUUUAGAUUUACUUAAAUUUAGUUCAAAUACAAUUAAAAUCCAUAAACAAAUGAAUUGUUAAAUUCUAUUCAUUUUACCUAUGAUCUUAUAAUUAGAAAGUUAAUAUUUAGAUCAUAUUAUAUAAAAUGGAUUUACUGAAAUGUAAGUCAAAAAUAGUUCUAAUUAUUAUUUAAAAAUGAUUGAAAAACUUAAAAACAAAUGUGUUUAUAACGGUGAAGAAGAAUGUAAUUGCAAAAAGUGUUAAUGGUAUAAUAUUACAUAAAAAUUCUUAGUAUAAGAAGAAAUAGAAAUUCAGCAAAGGAAUCAUAAAAAAAGAAAAGAGAAGCUUUAGAGAAAUUAGGUCCUUUAUAGGAUGAAUAUAACAAAUUAUAAAAAAAAGUAAAGUUUAUUAUAUUAUAUAAGGUUAAACAAUUAGAAACUGAAAAUUAAUAUAUGACAACAUUAAUAUUAGAUGUAUUUAAACAUCCAUCUGUUGAAAAAAUAGCUUCUUAAUUUCUCGAGCCUUUAACUAAAAUAAUUGCAGAUUCAGAAUCAAUUGAAGAAUGUUGA